GUCCAAACAAUUUUACAUCAUUAUGGGCCGAAAGCCCAAAGACGAACGAUUCAAGAUCCAUCCUAGCCUCUUAACCCAAUAACCAUUUUGUUUUCGCGGCGGACAGUUGGAAGAAAUAAUGACGCCCGGGAAGAGACGCACGCAUCAGUCUCUUCUUCCCGACUCCGGAGCCCAUUUUCCCCCGACCACGUCCACUGCCGCCGGCGAGUGUCCCGUUCCGACUCCCAGAAGAAUGCCCCCGAUCAGAAACUUCACUCUUACACCUUCCCGCCUGAAAGACCUCCUCCUCCUCUUCUCCCUCCUCGCCGUAGUCUACCUCACCUUCCGCAACCCUCUGCCGCGAGCUCCGCCGUCAGAUCGCGCCGAUCUCACUACGUCUUCCGCCCCCACCACUCGCAGCCACAUCCUCUUCUCCAUAGCCUCAUCCUACGGCGCCUUCCUCCGCCGGAAACCUUACAUCAGCCUCUGGUACGAGCCCAACGCCACCCGUGCUUUCGCCUUUCUGGACGCCGUCCCAGCCGAUCUCCCCUCCGAUCUCCCUCCGGUAAUAAUCUCCGAGGACACAUCUCGAUUCCCUUACACCUUCAAAGGCGGGCUGCGAUCUGCAAUCAGAGUUGCGCGGGUUGUGAAGGAAGCCGUGGAGCUCAAUCAAACCGGCGUGCGGUGGUUCGUCUUCGGCGACGACGAUACGGUUUUCUUCGUCGAUAAUUUGAUUAAGACGCUGUCGAAGUACGAUCACACGCGGUGGUUCUACAUAGGGAGCAAUUCCGAGAGCUACGAGCAGAACGUGAAGCAUUCAUUCGAUAUGGGCUUCGGCGGUGGCGGUUUUGCAAUCAGUUCCCCUUUGGCUGGGGUUUUGGCUAGGGUUUUGGACUCUUGCUUGGUGCGUUACUCCCAUUUGUACGGCAGCGAUGCCAGGAUCUUCUCUUGCUUGGCCGAGUUGGGUGUUGGGCUGACUCACGAGCCUGGCUUCCACCAGGUUGAUUUGCGUGGGAGUUUAUUCGGCUUGCUUUCAGCUCAUCCAUUGUCGCCAUUGAUAUCUCUUCAUCAUCUGGAAGCUUCAACCCCUGUUUUUCCCACCAUGAACCAAACUCAGGCUAUGGAACAUCUUUUCCAGGCUGUGCAUACUGACCCAACUAGGAUCCUGCAGCAAGUAGUUUGUUAUGACCACACAAACUCCUUCACUGUUUCAAUAGCGUGGGGCUAUUCGAUUCAGGUGUUUGAAGGGAAUGAGCGUCUUCCUGAUCUCCUCGCGCUGCAGCAGACCUUUUCGCCGUGGAGAAGACAUCGAAACCCACUUGCUGGCUAUUACAUGUUCACCAUGAGACCCUAUCCUAAAGAUCCAUGCAAAAGGCCUGCUGUCUUCUUUAUGAAAAAUGUUAAGUCUGGUGAAGACGGGAUUUGGAGCAGUUACACUAGGCACAAUGUUGAGGAUUGCCCUAGGGCUUCUAGAGCCAUAAAUAAUCUCGAGUACAUCAAGGUAUCAUCGGAUAGAUUGACGCUUGAUUCUGAACAGAUUUGGGCUCCACGUCGGCAGUGUUGUGAUGCUUCUUCCUCAUCUGAGAAAUCCAUGGUUAUUACAAUCAGGCAGUGCGGAAAUAAUGAACUGAUUGCCAUGCAUCUCUAGUGAUUGUGGAAUAUGUAUACAUGUUUAUAGUGAAAGUAGUUUGGAGCUUGAAUCAGUAGCAGUCCAGUGUUAAAUCGUUGGAAAUAGAAAACUGCAAGAAUUCUGUUGCUCGGUUCGACCCGACUGCUGAGGAAUUUGAGGAUUGGCCUUGAUGCGUCAAAACAGACUUCUACCGAAUCUGUGCGGACUAGUUUACUUGGGUCAAGCUCUGAAGUAGAGACCCCCCUAAACUUGCUUCGAUGUGAAUAGCUUGCUUCAAGGGAAUCUGUCUUAUGAUCUGGGUUUGUAGAUAGAGAUCGAAAGGAAUGCCACAUCAUAUCGACCAACACCAAGCUGGAAAGAUGAUACGAACGACUCACCUGUGGUAUUCUUCUACUCAGCUCUGUCUUUCAGUUAUGUAUUGUUGUGACAGCAGCAUACAGUGUGUUCUGAAUCUCUCUCUCUCUCUCUCUCUGUCUGUCUGUCGACUUGUAAGAAAUUAUAGAUUAUUAGAUACGAACAUUGUGUUCUCAUGUAGGUUUUGAUUUCUGGAGUAAGUGCUGUUUCUGUUUCCAGAUUCUUCGAAGUCAAAGGAGUUUUCACAUCCAGAGAGCUGAAUCCUUAAAAGGUUAGGAAAGUGGAAGGUGUUGUUCUCUUUGUAAGGAAUAGUAGAUCGCUUGUCUUUAAAAGGGAUCUGGAUCCUUAACAGUUGAAAGGAACAAACAAGGUGAAAGCCCCUUUUCACCUUCAAUUGCGGUUUCGUCGGAACUCAGAAGUUGCACAAAAAAGAAGGCCUGCAGUUUGGUUAUCCUGUUGAAGAAAUGGUAACAUGAACCAUCCUGGUGACUUUACUGGGUUUCUUUUUCCCUUCAUAUGCCGUCCCUAAUAAUAGUGUGUAUGUGUAGGGAACAAGUUUUUGGCAGUUUAAGUUCAUUGAAAGAAACCAUGUUUUCUUGGACUAGAGAUUGCUGAAAAUUUGAUUGAGAGAUUGUUGAAAAUUCGAUCAACCUAUUCACCUUAAUUCCCACAUGAAUCCAAAACCAACUGCAAGGGGGGUUGCUUGGAUUGUAAAAGCAGCAGAGUUCGCUUUCUCUUUAGAUUGGGAUGAAACAGUUGACUUUUCCUCCCUUUUGUAAGGCCUAACUCCACCCAUUUCCUUAAAUGCUUAGAAAAGAUGCCAACUCGCUUCUUUUUCCACCUUCAGUUGCGCCUGUGAUAUAUGAGCCUGAUUGAACCUAUAAAUCCAAAAUCAAAAUCAAAUUCAAAGUCAAAACCUUCACUCCUGACAGAGACUGCAGAGAACUUCCACAGUUGGAAAGAAUGCAGCUUCUUCAUUCAACUUCUAAACCAAACUCUUCUUCUACUCGUUUCAUCAGGUUCAUCGUCUUCUCAUCAUCCAUCCUCACCCUUUACCUUCUGGUCUUGCUCUUCCUCGUCGCUUCAUCCAAGCUCACGGGCGUAACUUCCUGGGAAAGUUCAGCUUCACAGCACUCACCGACGACUCUCGAGCACAUUGUGUUCGGGAUUGCUUCCAACAAGAAAUCAUGGCAGAAGCGGAAGGAGUACGUCAAGCUCUGGUGGAAGCGGCCACACCAGCAGCAUCAGAUGGGGAUGAGGGGCUGCGUGUUCCUCGAGGCGCCACCUGAUGACUUCAAUGUCACCUCUGGCAAUGACAACUCCACACUCCCUCCAAUCUGCAUCUCUCAGGACACCUCCAGGUUUCGUUACACCUUCAAAAACGGUCUGAGGUCGGCGAUUCGGGUGGCGCGUGUGGUUUCCGAGACGGUGGCGCUGAAUCAUUCUGACGUCAGGUGGUUUGUGUUUGGUGACGACGACACUGUUUUCUUCCCGGAGAACUUGGCGAAGACAUUAUCGAAGUACGAUCACGGGCUUUGGUACUAUAUAGGGUCGAACUCGGAGAUCUACGAGCAGAAUAGGUUGUUUGGGUUUGACAUGGCCUAUGGUGGAGCAGGAUUUGCUAUUAGCUAUCCGCUGGCUAAAGUUCUUGCCAAGGUUUUUGAUUCUUGUAUCGAAAGGUACCCUCAUCUUUAUGGAAGUGAUUCCAGGAUCUCUUCUUGCUUGGCCGAGCUUGGAGUGACGUUAACUCGAGAGCCCGGUUUCCAUCAGCUGGAUUUCCAUGGCAAUAUGUUCGGUAUACUGACAUCACAUCCAACGACACCAUUGGUAUCCCUCCAUCACAUGGAUCACAUCGACGCGAUCUUCCCUAACAUGACAACCCAGGAUUCUGUAAAUCAUUUACUAGAAGCAGCAAAGAUCGAUUCCCAGAGGGUUCUGCAGAAGACCGUGUGCUAUGAUCGCUGGUUCUCGUGGACCAUUUCCAUUUCAUGGGGCUACGCAGUCGAGGUCUACGGCAAUCACAUGCUUCUCCCGGACGUACUUCCCGUUCAAACCACUUUCAGGCAAUGGAGCAAAGGUGACGUUCUAGCUGCAACUUACGUUUUCAACACCAGACGGCCUCACCCGGAUCCAUGCAGAAGAGCCACAGUUUUCUUUCUUGAUCGUGCUUCUUCGGAGGGGAGUGAUAAUCAACAGUUGGUGACCAGUCAUUACAAGAAGAUGUUUGUAAAUUGCUCGCAAGAUAUGGGUUCACCUAGAAGGCUUGAAGAGAUUAAGGUGGUCUCACAUAAGCUUGACCUCAGCGACAAACAGCUGCGGGCUCCAAGGCGCCAGUGCUGUGAAGUUUUGCCUUCUUCUGGGAACAAAGUGAUGGAGAUUGCGAUUAGGGAAUGUGGAGAAGAUGAACUGAUUCACAUGAAAUAGGUAAACUUGUCUUGCUGCGAGACAUAUAUACUUGGUUGCCAUUGCAAGAUUCAUAUGGUUGAAUGGAGCUUGAGAGAUGAAAAUCCAGACAAGGGUUCGGGAUCUUGUAGCUGUUUUGCAGAGGCAGUGGAAAUGAAUGCCCCAACUUUUUUGGAGUAAAUCAAGAGGGAAUACAGAGGCUUAUUUGACUUUUUCUUUGUGGAAAAGAAUCCACUUUUGAUUGUUGUGCGAGCAAAUAGAGAUUAAAGAUAAUUUUUUUAAGAAUAAUGAAGAAGAAACCAUAGGAAAAUGUACUCUUAUACGGACACAGAAUAUGGAUGAUAAAUUUUCAUCCAAUGAGUAGUCAAC